AUGCGUCCCCACUGCUGCAAGCGCGAGACCAAGACCCGGGCACAGCAUGCUCCCCCGAGGUGGAGCGUGGUCAUGGAUCUCGCCGAGGGCACCAAGUGCAGCCCAGAUGGGCUGUCGGAGGAGAUGAGCAUCGAGCACGACGGGACUGUCACCGGCCAAGGAGGCCAAGAUACAAACGAAGGCACGCCGCAGUCGAGUGGCGCCAGGUGCAAAAGGGCUGUUGGAAUGGCUUUGGUAGUGCUGGGGAUGGUGACCGCCUGGGGCUCCGGCACAACCAUUGUCACCGGCGCCACCGGCGGCAUGGGCAGCGCCAUCGUCUCUCACAUCAUGAGGAGAUCCGACCUGGCGGAAACACAGACUGGCAUCUACACUGUCCGCAAGCCAUCCUCCGCCCCAGCCUUGCGCAAGGCGCUCCAAAGCGCGCCUUCGUCACACAAGCAUGAAGUCGCGGCGUUGGAUCUCUCCUCGAUGGAGAGGGUGCGCGCGUUCGCCAAGGACAUCAACGAGCGAGUGACCAGCGGCGCGAUACCACCCAUCAGAGCUCUGAUCCUGAACGCAGGAUAUCAGGACCAUAAAGAAAUAAACAUGACCUCGGACGGCUACGAGACGACAUGGCAGGUCAACUACUUGGCCAAUUUCUUGCUCGCCCUGCUGCUCCUACAGAGCAUCGACAAGAAGGAGGGGCGCAUCCUCAUCGUGGGAAGCUGGACGCACGACGUCGACGAUGCCCGCAACAAGUCGGGCGGUCAGGAUCCCUACAGCGCGCCUCUCUGGAACAGCCUCUUUCCUGACCUCGACGACCUGGCCCGAGGCAGAUGGAGCACGCCCCAAGACGACCCGUCAUGGCUGUCCGGUUUCCGUCGGUACGGCGCGAGCAAGCUCUGCGUCGUCAUACUGCAACAAGAGUUGGCGCGGCGCGUAGCGCGCGACCCAGACCUAUCGCACAUCGCGGUCAUGGGGCUAGACCCGGGCGCCAUGUCCUCCGAUCUGCUGCGACGCGGUAGCUUCUUCUUCACGUGGUUCCUGGCCUGGUUCGUGCUGCCCGUCGCGGGGGCGCUGUCUGUGCACCUCAACCCCAACGGGCCCAUGAGGACGACCUGGAAGAGCGCUGGCGAUGCCGUGCGGGCCUGCUUCGAUAUAGACUCGCCCGCCGGGCAGCCGCUGUACCUCAACGGGACGGAUGAGUUCGAGGUCGCAAAGGACGCGCAGGACGAAACCAAGCGACGCAAGCUAUGGGAGUACAGUCUUCAGGCUGGUGGCAUUCGGGAGGGCGACACGGUGCUGGAGGAUUGGAAAUAA